AUGCAACACCUGCUAACACCUGUCAUCAUUUCAUUCCUACUGCCGUUGGGCAUCUUGGUAAUGUUCUACAUGUGCGCCCUGCUCAUACAGUUGUUUCAUUUACGUGGCUACCUCUUUAACAUCAGUUACACUAAUUAUCAAGAACUCCUGACAAAGUGGCUGGCGGGGGUCUGGGUUGCUCAUGGCAGUAUUUGGCAUGGUUAUGAAGUCAGUGGUUUAUCUAAUAUCCCAGCUGAAGGUGGUGCUCUGAUUAUAUCCUACCAUGCCACGCUGCCUGUCGAUUUGUACUAUCUCCUUGCCACCAUCUACUCUAAGAGAAAUAGGAUCGUGUACUGUGUCGGGGAUAAUCUGCUCUAUAAAAUACCUGGAUUUAAGAUGUUAAUGAGAGAACUUCGAGUUAUACCUGGAACCGUGGCUACCUGUUCAGAACUUCUCCAGAAUGGAAAUCUAAUGGCUAUAGCUCCAGGUGGCGUCAGAGAGGCCUUAUUUGGUGAUGAAUAUUACAACCUCCUAUGGGCCAACAGGAAAGGAUUCGCCAAGGUGAUCAAAGAAGCCGGAGUCCCUGUCAUACCUAUGUUCACAAAAAAUUCAAGAGAAGCAUUUAGAACCAUUGGACUUUUUAAAAGUUUCUUCAGGUAUCUUUACGAGAGAUAUAGGUUCCCUUUUGUACCUAUAUAUGGAGGCUAUCCAGUUAAAUUGAAAACAUACCUCGGCGAGCCGAUAACGUUUGAUGAGUCACGUACUAUUGACGAGAUAUCUGAUGAGGUCAAAUCUGCCAUUGAAAAUCUAAUACGAACGCACCAGAGAAUCCCAGGCCGAAUUAUAUCAUCCAUAAUUGAACGGUUCCAUUAA